GUGCGAAUUGGCUGCGGAAGCGCACCAUAAUUUCUGCCGCUUGUCAAAACGGAACCUCACUAACUUACAUUUCCAAAUACGUGGUUAGUUUGUUUGCAAUCACCAUGGACAGCGCUUUUGACAACCUGGACGCCGCUGGUUUUCUGCAAAUCUGGCAACAUUUUGAUGCAGACGAUAAUGGAUAUAUUGAGGGGAAGGAGCUGGAUGCCUUUUUCUGUCAUAUGUUGAAGAAACUGGGUCCAGACGAAGAGGUAACCCCAGAGAAGGUGCAGCAGCUGAAAAAGCGGUUUAUGUCAGCCUAUGAUGCCACAGCAGACGGUCGGCUGCAGAUCCAGGAGCUCGCCCACAUGAUGCUGCCGGAUGACGAGAACUUCCUGCUGUUGUUCCGCAGGGAGUCGCCCCUGGACAACAGCGUGGAGUUCAUGAAGAUCUGGAGGAAAUACGAUGCUGACAGCAGUGGAUAUAUAUCUGCGGUAGAGCUCAAGAACUUCCUGAAAGACCUGUUCGCCCAGCACAAGAAGGUCAUCUCCUCCAGUAAACUGGAUGAAUACACAGACACCAUGAUGAACAUUUUUGACAAAAAUAAGGAUGGCCGGUUGGAUCUCAAUGAUUUAGCCAGAAUUCUGGCACUCCAAGAGAACUUCCUGUUGCAGUUCAGAUUGGAUGCGUGCAGCCAAGAGGAGAGGAAGCGAGACUUUGAAAAAAUAUUCUCACACUAUGACGUUAGCAAGACUGGAGCUCUAGAAGGACCUGAAGUGGAUGGCUUUGUGAAAGACAUGAUGGAACUUGUCAAGCCAAGCAUUAGCGGACCUGAUUUGGACAGGUUCCGCGAGGUUCUGCUGCGCCACUGCGACGUGAACAAGGACGGAAAGAUCCAGAAGAAUGAGCUGGCUCUGUGCCUGGGGGUGAAGGCCAGCCAGUGACUGCUGAGAAAGAGCCCUCCACUAACGCCAAAGUCGUUAUUCUAUGGAGCUGCCCGUAGCUAGGCUGUGUGCUUUGCACCUGUUGAUAUCCCAGCGCGUAGCUUUUAAAUCCCUAAAGAACAAUGUAUUUGGGAAGGAGGAGAGUGGGUAAGGUGUGUGUGUGAGGGGCAUGGGGUGGGGGGAGCUAGACACUCCUUUGAAAUGCUAAAGGCUAAAGUGCUAAUGGAAUUGUGAAGUGUGUUUCUUGCUUACGCUGUAGUUAUGCCUUUGUGUCCGUUAAUCAAAGACACAUCACUCGAUGACAAGAGGCUUGCAUGGGUGGGGCUGUGAGGGGGUGCUGCUGUUGCUGAGUUGGGAAAAAAGCAUACAAAAAAACAAACAGUAGCUGGGGGAAUGGCUGUUAAGAUGUCACUCAGAGACAAUGCCUUGUAAUUAAAAAAAAAACAAAAUACCAGAAACUGUGGCUUAGAAACUACGUUGUGAUUUUAUUCAUUUUGUUGUUUUUUUUUUUUUUUUGGGGGGGGGGGGGUGCU